GAGAGCGAGAAGCGCGCCUAAAUCCUAGAGAGGCGGGCUCACGCGGGCUGGGGGAGGGCGCGUCUUCCGGGAGGUCCGGACGCCCUGCGGCGCACCAAACUAGCACCGAGAUGACCGCGGAAACGAGGCUACGUUCGGUAGCCAUCGGAGACGGGACAGAAGCCGGAGCGGCGUCCAGGAUGAAGUGGACACUCCCGGGCGGCCGGCCUCCGAGGCGGCGGAGUGGACCGCGGCGGGUGUGCGCAGGCGCGGUAGGCUCCCUCCACGUGGGGCCGGGCCGCGGCUCCCCGCGCUCGGAGCUCCCACCUCGGGCCCCGCCCCGGCCUCAGCAUCUUUCCGGUGGCCCCGGGCCGGCCGACAGGAAGGGAGGGUGGACUCAGCGGCUUGGCCCCGCCCCGCCCGCCUCCCAUUGGCUCUGCGGGAAGGAGGGCCCUCGCACCGCCUUCCCAUUGGGACGCGCGUGAGAGCGGCGAGUCCCAUUGGGCCGGGCGGAUUUAGGCACCAAAUUCAAAGAUUUUAAAAGUACCAGCUGGCGCCUUUUAGCCGAUCUUAGCUCCUGCGCGCCGGGCUGCUCAGCGGGUCGGCCGCGCCCGCUGCUCCUCUCACCUGAGGCGGACCCCGCUGCCACGGGCAUGAGCCGCUACCCCUGCUCCUCACGGCUUCCCACCUGCGCCUGCCGCCGCCACAGCCACUGCGCCCUGACAGCCUCCGCGGCCCGCCGGCCCUCAGAGAAUAGUAAAGAAGAAAGUUCCCCUCUUUCAGUCACCAUGAAGUGUGGUUUUAACUGUAAACAUGUUCAUUCUGGACUUAAACUGGUAAAAGAUGACGGUGGGAAACUGGUUUCCUGCAGUCCUUCAUUGGAAGGUUCCAACAAAGAAUGCAUUAAAGACUGCAAAAGGUUAUCCGAUGUUGUAUCACCAGUUGUAAGGAACCCCAGGACUGCAGAAUCUGAAACUGAAAACAAAUUCCUAUAUAACAAGGAAAAUGAACAUGUGCAACAAAUAUUUAAUAGUUCAAAUAUAGUGGAACUGGAAACUAGUGGACCCUAUGAAGACAGUGGCUAUUCUUCAUUUUCCCAGCAAAGUGACCUCAGUGAACAUGAUGAAUGUAGCUUGCCCCUGGAGGAAAAUUUCACUGGAAGUCCACAGUCUUCUCUGCUAUAUACCCAAAGCCCUGACCAAUAUCCCAACAAGAAUUUGCUGCCAGCUCUUCAUUUUGCAAAAGUAGUUUGUUCAACAUUAAAGAAGAAUGCCAAAAGAAAUUCCAAAAUGGACCGAGAGAAGAUGAAGGAACUCAUAUCCUGUGGAAAUAAUAGACUACAGAAUAUAAUUGGUCGGAAAAUGGGCCUAGACUAUGUAGAUAUUCUCAGUGAACUCUUCCGCAGGGGACUCCGACAUCUCUUAAAAUAUAUUUUAACCCAGCUCAAUGAUAUGGACUUAAUCAGUGUAUCUAAAGUUAGCACAACUUGGAAGAAGAUUCUAGAAGAUGAUAAGGGAGCGUUGCAGUUAUACAAUAAAGCAGUACAAAGAGUUGCUGAAAAGAAGAUUAAAUUUUCGUCACAAGCCUUCACAAGAGAGUAUACUGUGAUCCGAGCUGUGUUAGCUUCUGUUCAAAAAUCAGCUGUCCAGAUUCCACAAAAAGAUACUGGAACCAAGUUAUCCAAUUCAGUUGGUCAGAAAAGUUCUACUUACAAUCGACACAAUGAAUUCUCCGAGGUUGCCAAGACUUUGAAAAAGAAUGAAAGCCUUAAAGCCUGUGUUCGCUGUCAUGCACCUGCAAAAUAUGAUUGCUAUUUACAACGGGCAACCUGCAAGCGAGAAGGCUGUGGAUUUGAUUAUUGUACAAGGUGUUUGUGUGAUUAUCAUACCUCCAAAGACUGUUCAAAUAGCAAACCUCUAAAAGCCAGUUACAAAAUGGGUCCUCUGCCUGGUACUAAAAUAAGCAAGAAGAAUUUAAGACGAUUGUGACCUAUUAAGUAACUAUAUUUGAUCAUGAAGAUUAGUUCAAAAUGUUAGAUUUUAAUUUUUAAAACAUUCAAAUGUGAUCUUCAACUAUGUUGAAGUCAAUCUAAAACAUGGGAUUAUUUUUCCUAAGUAUUUUGCAGUAUACUGAAAAAGUUUAAAAUUCUUAAAUCAAAUUUAACAUUUAAAGAAAAAGGGAAAACUAGUUAUUUGAUAUAUUUGUGAUUAAGAGGGAAAAGUAAAACAGAUUAAACUUUGAUAGAAGAGUGCCAUGUUAUUUUAUCUAGAUACUCAUAAUUAUAAACUUUAUUCCCCAUUUGAGGUCUUUACUUGACAUACCAAUUGAACAUCAAGUUCUGGAUGUUUGUCACAUGUUUGUCACAUGAUUUUCAGUGUUUGUAUUAUUUCCUCUAUAAAAACCCGUCCUUUGUGAAAACUUCCUUGUUUUGCUUUAUCUGUGAAACUUUUUAAUGUUAUAUAUGUAUGUAAAUAUUUUUGUAUUUUUUAUGUCAAAGUGUCUUUUAUAUAUGCACAUAAUAAAAGUGAAUUUUGGUUUUGUUUUGAAUAAAAUAUUAUGUGAACCUUCUUUUUUUAAAUAUUUGAUUACAUUUAAAAUUUGACCACCAAUUCUACCACCAUAUUUUAGAUAUUUCCAUCCUGAACCCCAAACCCUGGCCCAAAGCAGAACUGAAAUAAUUUCUUUUGUAUUGUUUGUUAUGAAAUAUCACUGAAAAUGCUCCAAAUAAAUUUCCCUGGA